AGGAGGAGGAGCGGGAGGAGCGGGAGCGAUCCCAACUUCCGGGUAGUGCAGCCGCACGCCGCGCCACCGGCGUCUUGCUUUCUGCUCCCCCUCCCCCGUGUCCCCCUCGCCUCUCCCUCCUUGCCUUUUAUCCCCAGCCCCACCCGCCAAAAUGAACAGCUCGGACGAGGAGAAGCAGCUGCAGCUCAUCACCAGCUUGAAGGAGCAAGCAAUAGGCGACUAUGAAGACCUUCGAGCAGAGAACCAGAAAACAAAGGAGAAGUGUGACAAAAUUAGGCAAGAACGAGAUGAAGCUGUUAAAAAACUGGAAGAAUUUCAGAAAAUUUCUCACAUGGUCAUAGAGGAAGUGAAUUUCAUGCAGAACCAUCUUGAGAUAGAGAAGACGUGUCGGGAGAGUGCUGAAGCCUUGGCAACAAAGCUAAACAAAGAGAAUAAAACACUGAAAAGAAUCAGCAUGCUAUACAUGGCCAAGCUGGGACCAGAUGUGAUAACAGAGGAGAUCAACAUUGACGAUGACGACCCUGCCACCGACACGGACGGUGCAGUCGAGACUUGUGUAUCGGUUCAGUGCCAGAAACAAAUCAAAGAACUCCGAGAUCAAAUUGUGUCUGUCCAAGAAGAAAAGAAGGUGCUAGCCAUUGAGCUGGAAAAUCUCAAGAGCAAACUUGUGGAGGCGAUGGAGGAAGUAAAUAAAGUUAAGCAAGAAAAGGCCGCCUUAAAUUCAGAAGUUCUUGAGCAGAGGAAAGUCCUAGAAAAAUGCAACAGAGUGUCCAUGCUGGCCGUCGAAGAGUAUGAGGAGCUGCAGGUGAACCUGGAGUUGGAGAAAGACCUUCGCAAGAAAGCGGAAUCGUUUGCACAAGAGAUGUUCAUUGAGCAAAACAAGCUGAAGAGGCAAAGCCAGCUUCUGCUGCAGAGCUCCCUUCCCGACCAGCAGCUGUUGAAAGCUUUAGACGAAAACUCAAAACUCAUCCAGCAGCUUGAAGAAGAGAGGAUCCAGCAUCAGCAAAAGGUCAAAGAGUUGGAGGAGAAGCUGGAGAAUGAGGCGCUGCACAAAGAGAUCCACAACCUCAGACAACAGCUGGAGCUCCUGGAAGAGGACAAGAAGGAGCUGGAGCAGAAAUACCAGAGCUCGGAGGAGAAAGCCAGGAAUCUGAAGCAUUCAGUGGAUGAACUCCAGAAACGAGUGAACCAGUCGGAGAAUUCGGUGCCUCCCCCACCUCCUCCUCCUCCGCCUCUCCCCCCUCCACCGCCCAAUCCAAUCAGAUCUCUCAUGUCUAUGAUCCGGAAACGAUCCCACCCCAGUGGCGGCAGUGCUAAGAAGGAAAAGGCCACUCAGCCAGAAACAGCGGAGGAGGUCACGGACCUGAAGAGACAAGCAGUGGAAGAGAUGAUGGACAGAAUUAAACGGGGAGUCCAUCUUAGACCAGUUAACCAGACGGCCAGACCCAAGCCAGACUCCUUAAAGGGCUCAGAGAGCGCGGUGGAUGAGCUGAAGGGAAUUCUGGGGACACUUAACAAAUCCACUAGUUCGAGAAGCUUAAAAUCCCUUGGCCCUGAGAACAGGGAAACUGAGUUAGAGAGGAUUUUACGUCGCAGGAAGGUGACAGCAGAAGCAGAUAGCAGUAGUCCUACCGGGAUAUUAGCCACCUCAGAGUCCAAAUCCAUGCCAGUGUUGGGUUCUGUAUCCAGUGUAAAAACAGCCUUGAACAAGAAAACUCUGGAGGCAGAAUUCAACAGCCCGUGUCCCCUAACACCUGAGCCAGGUGAAGGGCCCCGUAAAUUGGAAGGAUGCACGAAUUCCAAGGUUACGUUUCAGCCUCCCAGUAAAGGUGGAUACAGGAGACAAUGUGUGGGCAGUGAGAAGCAAGCUGAGCCAGUUGUAGUUUUAGAUCCUGUUUCCACACAUGAACCCCAAACCAAAGACCAGGCUGCUGAAAAAGACCCAACUCAAUGCAAGGAGGAAAGAGGUGAGGUACAGCCCGAAGACAAGGACAGCCGUGGGAAAGCGGGAGAGAUGGACAGUUCCAGCUGCUGAUCUGAAGCCAGAGGCCGGCGUGUUUGUGAACCCUUGUCCAUAAGCACGUGGCUCAUUUGGGUUACUGUCAAAGACCGUUGGACACUUCCUUUGUUCUGGCCACACACUUCUUUGCUGGUAUCACUUGUAAGUAGCAAGUAUAAACAUAAGUAAGCUGUUUAGCAAGAUGCA